CUCAAGUACACUGCUCCGACCAAACCUCACAAAAACUUUUUUUCCCUUUUUUCCCCCAAUCCCGCGGAGAAAUACUCCUAGCUGCCUUUUCCUUUUUUGUUCUUUUCCCAGGUCGUCGGAUCCCCGGGGGAAUUCGCCGAUUUGCUUCCGCGACUGACACGAAUCGAGUUGCAGAAGACAAACUGGCCUGCUAGGAACCAAGCUAUAGUUGCCAACGCAGCGCCAGACUCUCUUGCCGCCUCUUCUCCUAACUAGCUGACCUCCAAUGGGAUGGGGAACCAUCAUAUCCAGGCGCCUCAAAGUUUUUUCAUUGGCACUGUUUGUCUACUUUGACUAUAAGGCUGUUCAGAAGAGAGUGCAAUGGGUUAGUGCUGUUAAAAAGAAUUCUAUAUGGGCAAAGACACACGAGCGAAAUGCUCGCCGUGUUCUCAACCUGAUGAUAGAAUUAGAAGGUCUAUGGGUGAAAAUGGGUCAGUAUUUGUCCACAAGAGCCGAUGUGCUUCCUGAGCCAUACAUAACUGUCCUGAAGCAGUUGCAGGACUCGCUUCCUCCACGCCCCCUUGAAGAGGUUCGUGGAACCAUCGAGAAAGAACUUGGGAAACCCAUGAGUGAACUAUUUGCUAAUUUUGACAAUAACCCUCUUGCAACUGCAUCAAUAGCACAAGUUCAUCGUGCAACUCUGGAAGAUGGCAGAGAAGUAGUUGUGAAAAUUCAGCAUGAUGGUAUCAAAGAGAUCAUAUUAGAGGAUCUGAAGAACGCAAAAUCACUAAUUGAAUGGAUUGCAUGGGCAGAACCUCAGUAUGAUUUCAAUCCGAUGAUUGAUGAAUGGUGCAAGGAGGCACCAAAGGAGCUUGAUUUCAAUCAUGAAGCAGAGAACACUAGGACUGUCUCCAGAAACCUUAGUCAGAAAACUGAAGGUGGAACUGGCAGUGUUUCCAGUGAUGUUGAUGUACUUAUUCCAGAAGUUAUCCAGUCGACUGAGAGAGUUCUAGUUUUGCAAUAUAUGGAUGGGAUCCGCUUACAUGACAAUGAUUCACUGGAAGCAUAUGGUGUUGAUAAGAAAAGACUUGUUGAAGAGAUAACCCGUGCGUAUGCUCAUCAAUUAUACAUUGACGGUUUCUUCAAUGGCGAUCCUCACCCUGGCAAUUUCCUUGUUAGCAAGGAACCUCCACACAAACCGAUUCUCCUUGAUUUUGGACUCACGAAACGCAUAUCACAAUCAAUGAGGCAGGCACUAGCAAAGAUGUUUUUGUCAUGCGCUGAGGGAGACCAAGUGGCAUUGCUAUCAGCCUUUGCAGAGAUGGGGCUUAAGCUGCGGGUUGACAUGCCUCAGCAGUCUAUGGAUAUUGCCACAAUAUUCUUUCGCCAGUCGACCACAGCAGAUGAAGCAAAGGAGAACAUUAAAGCACUGAAUGAGCAGCGAGAACGGAACACCAAAGCCCUUCAAGAAAAGAUGAAACUGAACAAGAAGGAGGUUAAACAUUUUAAUCCUGUUGAUGCUUUCCCUGGGGAUGCAAUAAUAUUUAUGAGGGUGUUAAAUCUUCUUAGAGGGCUCUCAGCUUCACUAAAUGUUAGGAUAGUUUAUCUUGACAUCAUGAGGCCAUUCGCUGAAUCCACUUUGCUAGGGAGUAUAACGCGUGGGCCUUCAACAAAUAGUCAGUGGAUUUAUGACUCGCCUGUUAACUCUGAAGUGGAGUCUAAACUGAGGAAUCUUCUACUUGAGAUGGGAAGUGAGAAAAUUUUGGGAAUACAAGUAUGUGCAUAUAAAGACGGAAAAGUCAUAAUAGAUACUGCUGCGGGUUCCUUAGGGAAGUAUGACCCUCGUCCUGUUCAACCUGAUUCUCUGUUUCCAGUUUUCUCAGUGACAAAGGGUAUCACUGCUGGGAUGGUACAUUGGCUUGUUGACAAAGGGAAGUUGAAGUAUGACGAAACAGUUGCCGAUAUAUGGCCGGAAUUCGGAACUAACAAAAAGGAGCUAAUAAAGGUGCAUCAUCUUCUUAAUCAUACAUCUGGUCUGCAAAAUGCACUGGGAGAUGUAGUCAAAACCGAUCCUAUGUCGGUAUGUGACUGGGAAGAGACGCUACACCAGAUUGCAAAAUCUACGCCUGAAACUGAGCCUGGUUCAUCACAAAUUUAUCACUACCUAUCCUUUGGUUGGCUCUGUGGCGGUCUCAUAGAGCAUGCGUCUGGGAAGAAGUUCCAGGAGAUCCUAGAAGAGGCUAUUGUUCGUCCUCUUCAAAUUGAAGGGGAGCUAUAUAUCGGCAUUCCUCCAGGUGUUGAAUCUCGCCUGGCGGCACUGACAGUCGACAUGGAAGAAAUCAAGAAGCUAUCAGGGUUGAAGCCAGGGCCGGACGUUCCACCGGAGUUGCUGAGCAGUAUCGUGCAGAUGGCGGCGGGUGUACCGGCUCUGUUUAACACGUUGAACAUGCGCCGUGCCAUCAUCCCCGCCGGCAACGGGCAUAUAUCUGCCCGCGCGCUUGCUCGGUACUACGCGGCCCUGGGAGCCAGCGGCACCAUUCCCCCGCCGCACUCCAGUUCCUCCAAGCCACCCCUGGGCAGCCAUGUGCACAUCCCCACGCUCCCCACGGCCGCGCCCAAGAAGAAGAAGAAAGGCUCCGCAAAGAAGGGCGGCAGCACGCCUGACAAGGGCGAGUACGCCCAGCUACGCACCAGCGACGCCGACAGCGAAGCGUCGGCAGCUGCAGGGAGCACCGGCGGCACAAUGUUCACCAACAGCAGCGGCAGCAUCCUGGACGCCUUCAUGGGCGUGGGCGAGUACUCGGGCAUGAUCCACCCUGACGGCAAGUUUGGGCUCGGGUUCAGGAGGUACGGCAAGGCUGGCUGCGCCCCGACAGGAUUCGGGCACUCCGGGAUGGGCGGGUCGAAUGGGUUCUGCGACCCGGAGCACGCGUUCGCCAUCGUGGUGACGCUGAACAGGAUGUCGCUGGGGAGCGUGACACGGCGCGUGGUGCGGCUCGUGUGCGAGGAGCUGGGCGUGCCGGUGCCCGACGAGUUCUCCGUCGAUGGGGAGAAGGGGCCUGACAUGGUGCUCAACCUCGCGACGCCGCCGGAGUAGAUUGAUUGACCUGUAGGAAU